AUGGGAGAUGAACCUCGUGAGCCGGAAGCUAAGGAGGGUAAAUCGGAUGAAGUAUUUGAAGUAGAGAAGAUUCUUGAUCAUAGAGUCACCAAUAACCAGUUGCAAUUGAAAGUCCGCUGGUUGGGAUAUGGCCCUGACGAUGACACAUUCGAGCCCGAAGAUGAUAUCAAAGAGUGUGCUAGCGAAGUAGUCGAAGAAUACUAUAGAAAGAUGAAAGUCAAUGACAAGACCGAGUUAAUUGAGCGUCUCCAAAAAGAAAUUAAACGCACUAAAAAACAAACGGCGAAGAAGCGUGAAAGAUCUCCUAGUCCCGACGUUGAUGAUGAUGGGUCCGAAAGUGACGCAAGCUACUCGAGUGCUAAGAAAAACAAGAAAGCGUCCAGAAACGCUACUCCGUCAUCAACAUCGAAAGCAGCGAAAGUUCCAACUAAAGCUGCUCUCAAAUCUUAUGACAGCCACGGACAUGUUCCACCGAACAAAGCAAAGCAAGCGGCGACUCGUAUUCGCACUUCUAUGUUUGGUGAUUCGUCGGAUGAAGAGGAUGCUUCACCAGUAAGAAGCGCUGUCGAUGAAUUACAGAGCAAGGUGAAACCUAAAGAAACUAAGGACGUCUUCCAAUCGCCAAUACAGAGACCAGCCGAAACUCCUAAACCGAAAACUGAAUAUGGCUCAAAUGUUACUUCGAAACAGAGUUCAAGCCCGCAACCGUGCUCUUCUUCGGCGGUUUCAUCUAGUUACAAGCCUUCGUCCGGGAACUUGGAGACGAAUGGCCGUCAUAGAUCACUUGAGCUUCCUCAUAAGAAAAAAGACGAGCCACUUUGGAGUGUCACUGGAAUCGUUCGUCAUAAAAACGAGAGUAAUGUUGUCGAUAAGCUGAUUCUGAUGACAAACAGAGACACUGGAGAUCGCAAAGUUCUGAACCCCGACGAAGCAUUCAAUCUCGACUCAUGGGCCCUCACCAAGUAUCUUCUUGACCGCUGCGAGUUUUAA